AUGAAGCUCGUAAUAUUUUCAAUUUUAGUUGCAAUACACUACUCAGGCGCAAGACAGAGCCGAUCUCAAAAUCAAAGACCUGUACUGUCUUUACAAAACAUAAUAUCAGCUGGUAACAAAGAGAGAGCAGUGCAGAUGAUGCAAUUGAAAAAGCCAGAAGUACAGGGUUGUGUAAGCAGCCCUAAAUUAGUGCCUAACCGACCAUGCCAACAAAAUAUUAUCGAAAUGGCACCAAAUUUAGUACAAAACAUGGCACCAAAUUUAGUACAAAAUAUGGGACCAAAUUUAGUACAAAAUAUGGCGCCAAAUUUGGUACAAAAUCUUAAACCAAAUCUUCCAUGUCAAAGGGAACCGGAAGUAAUACGAGUGCCCGUGCCAUAUCCGGUGCCGAUCCAGGAACAAUGUUCAUCUUUCACAAGCCCAUUCCUACCGGUGGCUUCACCCGUCUCCGCAUGGUCUCCGUCUAAUGGCCUGCUGCCACCAGUAAUUCCAAGCCAGUCGAGAAACCACUUCUUGAGGAAGAUUCCUAUACCACCUCCCACGUUGUAA